AUGGAGUGGGAUCGACAGCACUCUGCCUUUCUCUACCACCUCCUAUCGGGCGGGCAGCCCGUCCACAAGGACAAGCUGCCACGAAAGACGAGCCCGAAGAUCGAGCCGCGCACGCAGCCAAAUCAGCAGCACAGCCGAAUCGGAAAGCAGCCGCCAGCAGCAUCGCCCAAGGCAGCCACCAGCAUCAAGAAUGGAAGGGAAGAAAAUAACAACAAAUCGACUCUAGCGGCCAUCAUCGAGCAGCAGCUGCCUUCACCGCGCGUCAUGGCACUACGAGAACAGGAAUUGGCGAAGGACGUGCAAAGCUUGGCCGCAGCAGCGGCAGAGAGGCGACAAGAGACCAAGCUGCUCUUCAUCAAGGUGUGCUGGGAGAUCAUCGCGUGGUCCAACGAGGGCUGGGUGUGGGUCGCGCUCUCGCCCCUCUUCAUCCUCCUCUCCUUCUUCUACCUCGACCCUGCGUCUGUUGCCAAGGUCAAGUACCUCUACAUCAUGCUCUUCGUCGACAUCCUCCUCACUGGUGGCAUCAAGUUCCUCACCAAGCGAACGCGACCCUCCUACAACAAGGGCGGCCUCUUUGUGGGUCCGGACAUUUUCUCGUUCCCGUCCGGGCACAGCUCUCGCGCGAUGCUCCUGGCCCACGUGUCCAUCUUCGUGUUCGGUUGGCAAAGCCCGUGGCGCGCCGCUGGCGUGAUGUGCUGGGCGGCGCUGGUGGCGGUGUCGAGGCUAGCGCUGGGCAGGCAUUUCCUAACAGAUGUGAUGGGAGGCCUCACCCUGGGCGCACUCGAGUUCUGGGCCACCUUCCUCUUCCUCCAGCGCUUUGUGUUCACUGCCUGA